UAAUAGUCGAAGAGAGACGUAAGGAGUAUACGUAUUCUGACGAGAGUUACAAAGAAAAAAAGACAAGGGACUAGAAGGGAGAAAAUAAAAAAGAAAAAGCGAAAUACCAGGAGAGGGGAAAAAUAACGAGAGACGCAGACGUGGAAAAGUGAGCCGAAAAAAAAAUCCGUGAGUAAAGAGGAUAGAUCAGGAGAGGAGAAGAGAGAACUGAUGGAGAGAAGAGAGACUGAGAAAUCCAUGGAAGUUGCUUUCCCUUCGUCUUUCCCCUCUGACUGCACUGUCCCCUCCCCGCGCAGAGUACGAAGAGAGCCGUAGUAUGAUGCUUGGGACGUAACCGUCGUCACCUAUUGCACGCAAAACAAAAUUGGAUCGGCUUUAAGUUGGUCUGGUCUGGUGUCGGCCAUUCUUUUACGUGUGGGUGUGAACCCUGUCAUGUACACUGAAUAACCGUACGUAGUCGAUUGGUGUUGAUAUUGUUUUUAGAAAAAACUGAUAUUAUGAAUUAAUAAAAACAAAUAGUGAAGAUGAACGUGAUUUUCUAAACACAAGAGAUAAGAAGAUGAACGGUAGAUAGAGUAACGUAGAAUUUAAACGAAUCGGUCGUUGGCCAUGAAAAGAGCGGCUGGAAAAGCUGUUGACUGGCGUUGUUGAACACUUUGAGAGAGAGAAAGAGAGAGGCGUUGCAGCAGCAGGACGACCAAGAGCAACUUCAGAGCAUCCGUGUGAGUGGGAAAGAAGAUAAAUCGGAAAUUCGCAAGUGAUCGUGUGGGAGAAAGAGAAAGAGAAGAGAGUUGGCACGCGCGCGCCUCCUUCGUCGUUUCAACGCACAUUGUUUAUAAAACGGCCGUACGAGGGGACGAGAGAAAAGAGAGAGAAAGAAGAAGAGAGAGACAAGGAAAGAGACAAGAAGUACCAGUGUGUCGAGGGCCAAGAGUGCGGUGGCCAUGCAAGAAAGGGAUAAAUCGCCGACUGGCGGGCGGUGGCGGCCAUCUUCUAGAUGAGAGCACUUUUUCCCCUUUUCUUUGCUGCUGCUGUUACUGACGAUAAGAGACACAAGACACAAAACAUAAGACAGAAAAUUUAACGUGCGUGUGUCCGAUCUAACGAGAAAACGAGAACAUCCGUGAGUGUGAUUGUGUGUAUUUUCCAACUGAGAUUUCUUCACGACAUUUAACUUUUCCUUCUCUCGAGAGAACAUCAAUUCGACCUCUUUUUUCUUUUUUAUUUCCCAUAACCUGCUACUAUUUCUUCUUCAUUUUAAAUUCUAUUCUCUUCGUCUUAAACGCCAUGGUGGUUAGAAACAAGUAACAAAACGAACAGUCGAACAAAAGAGAAAAAGAAAAAGAGAGAGACGAAGAGAGAUAACCGUGAGAGUCACAAGGAGCAUCAGAGGACCAACAACGACGACAUGUCAGGACUUGUUUCCUCGUCUCCUCUUCACUACUUCUGGCUUAUCCGGCAUUUGUGUUCGCCCAAUCGACGUCGUUUCGUCUAAAAACCACCGACUAAUCGUACAAAUAUCUUUCUAUUCGUCCAAUUGUAACCUCAAAAAACGCGUCGAGUCAGUCACAGAUUCGUCAAUUCCUUUCGCGAACGUAAGGGAAGCAAUUGAUUGUGCUGAGUUAAAGUAAGAAGAAAAAGGGUGGAGAAAUAAAGUUUCGAACACAGUGUAAAAGUGUUAAUAUUUAACAAAAGUGCGUUAUUUUUUAUUUAUGCUCAUCAUUUUGAAUCAUUAAACAGUGAAGUUUAUUUGAAAUAAUCGUUUGAUAAGGUACUUUUUUCAAUAUUUCGUAUUGAAAUUUUUACGUUUUUCAUUCUCCUUGACACCUAACCAAAUAUUUCAGUCUACUAUACUAGUAUUCUAGUUCUUAAUCAAAUUAUUUGGUGCGAUUCUGAAAAUUAUUUUAUCAUUUAAUUAUGAAAAGAGUUAAAUUUUAAGUGAAAGAUAACCUGUCUUUUAUGAAAGUUUCAAUUGGAUUUAUGUAAUUGGAUUAAAGAAAAAUUGUUCUCGCCAUUAUUACGUACAUUGUUUCAAUUAUAAAUAUCGAAAUGAAACAGUUUUUUAUUGAAUUUGAGGUUAUUUGAUAGUUGAUUUCUCCUAGCAUCACUUAUCAAUGUUUAACCUCAAAGUUCUUUUUCAUAACUAACUUUUUUAAAAUUCUAGGCAAGUGUUGUGCUGAAAGUGUUAGCCAAAGUGAUUAAGUGUCCUAUAAUUGCAGUAUUGCAGAAUUAAUUUAAUUUUGAACAUGAAUACCAUGUGCAUUGAGUUACUCUCAAGUGCAUCAGUGAUGUAUUCAUUUAGGAAUAAAAAAUUCCUAGCAGUGAUACAAUAAAUUAUAUAAACAAAACAAGAAGACUUGUAACAAUAAAAAAGGAUUAACGUAAUAAAUUGUAAAAUAGUGCCAACAUUGCAGAUGGAUACACAGGGAUGACUGAUAAUUGCUGGAAUUCUGGUGGUGGCGCUGGCGUCAAGAUGGAGCACUUUCAGGCCACCCUGGACCCUAGGAAGCAGGAAUUACUGGAGGCCCGCUUUCUCGGAGCGAGGGGUGGUCGGAACAACGGGCCAAAUAAAAAUGCCGUCGACAGCGCGCAGUCGUCGUCGAUACCCAAUGCUGUUAAGUGCGGGCAACCGACUACCCCGGGAAUAGACUGGACGAGGCGUGACAAUGCUCCACCCUCGCGAGAUCAACGAAAUUCAUCGUCCAGCUCAACAACUCAGGGCCAAAUUUCUCAGAUGUCUGCUGGAUCACAAAUUCAGAUGGCACCUCAAUCAACCGUAAACUCUGGUCAGGCAGUUCAUAGUCAAGACUCAAAUAUGAGUACUGGCUCAUCUCAUAGUGACAAAGAGGUAGAUCCAAAUACUCCUGAGAAGUUGCCUAGAACCACGUCCGAAAGAAAAAGAAAACGUAAAGUGGAUGAUUCGGGUGGAGGCGGACUUGGUGGACCUAUUGGAAGUAAAGGUGCUAGGUCUCUGUCCUCCUUGGAUAAUAAAAAAAUUAAUGAUUACUUUCCUAAGCAUCAUUUAGGAAAUAGUCCAAUUAGACAUGGAGGUGCUAAAAGCCCAUCGCCUCAACAAGGAUACCCAAUGUAUCCACCAUCAGCUCAACCUCUGGUCGCGCCUCAGGCGACGACAACUAAUUCCUCGUCUGCGGAAUUUUCGUCGCUGAUGCAACCACCUAGGCCUCUUCCUCAACCUCCUCCACCACCUCCUUCAUCGACGCAACCUGCUGGCUCUAUGGUCAGCAAGCAGGUGCAGGUAAGGCCAACCAACCUACCUCGGACAAGUCAGAUCAGGCAAGCGAAGACUAACACGCCAAAUACGGAGCUUACUUGCCAGAGGAUACAAGAGUUUGAAUCACAAGCAUCGUCCGACCUGGAAUUACGUAAUAAUAAAAUUGAUGAACUUAAUAGAACGACGGAGGAGUAUAGGCAUCAAUUGGCAAAUCAACAAAAAUUAAUUGAGCAGCACAAAUCACAUAUAAAUAAGUGUAUAGAUGUUGUAAAGAAGUUAUUAAAAGAAAAAUCAAACAUAGAAAAGAAAGAAGCUAGACAAAAGUGUAUGCAAAAUAGACUGAGGCUUGGCCAGUUUGUAACGCAAAGGGUAGGAGCUACAUUUCAAGAGAACUGGACGGAUGGUUAUGCGUUUCAAGAGCUAGCAAGACGGCAGGAAGAAAUAACGACUGAACGUGAAGAGAUUGAUAGGCAAAAAAAAUUAUUAUUAAAAAAGAGGCCGUCUAAUAGCGAAACUGGUAGGAAACGAAGUCAACCACAGCCUUCUCUGCAGAAUGGCACCGAGGCGACUUUUUUAAAACCAGACGCCGUACCUGGAUCUUAUACCUGGCAAGAGUAUUACGAAGCUGACGAAAUACUCAAAUUGAGACAAAGUGCGUUGAAGAAAGAAGAUGCUGAUCUUCAACUAGAAAUGGAAAAACUUGAGAGAGAACGAAAUCUACAUAUUAGAGAACUGAAACGUAUUCACAACGAGGAUCAAUCUAGGUUUAAUUCUCACCCGGUACUCAAUGAGCGUUACCUUUUACUAAUGUUAUUAGGAAAAGGAGGAUUUAGUGAAGUUCAUAAGGCGUUUGAUUUAAAAGAGCAACGAUACGUGGCUUGUAAAGUACAUCAAUUGAAUAAAGACUGGAAAGAGGACAAAAAAGCCAAUUAUAUAAAGCAUGCCUUAAGGGAAUAUAAUAUACACAAAGCCCUAGAUCAUCCACGAGUUGUAAAGCUUUACGAUGUGUUUGAAAUAGACGCCAAUUCAUUUUGUACUGUUUUGGAAUAUUGUGAUGGCCAUGACCUAGACUUCUAUUUGAAACAGCACAAAAUGAUUCCGGAGAGAGAAGCAAGGUCAAUAGUGAUGCAAGUUGUGUCUGCGUUAAAGUACCUUAAUGAAAUAAAACCUCCAGUUAUACAUUAUGAUUUAAAACCUGGCAAUAUUCUGUUGACGGAAGGCAAUGUCUGUGGUGAAAUUAAAAUUACUGACUUCGGUUUAAGUAAAGUCAUGGAUGAAGAAAAUUAUAAUCCAGAUCAUGGGAUGGAUCUUACAUCACAAGGAGCUGGCACAUAUUGGUACCUACCACCGGAGUGUUUUGUUGUUGGCAAAAAUCCUCCAAAAAUAUCAUCAAAGGUUGAUGUUUGGAGUGUAGGAGUUAUAUUUUAUCAAUGUCUUUAUGGCAAAAAGCCAUUUGGACAUAAUCAAUCUCAAGCGACAAUUUUAGAAGAAAAUACAAUAUUAAAAGCUACGGAGGUUCAAUUUGCCAAUAAACCGACUGUUAGUAAUGAAGCAAAAAGCUUUAUAAGAAGCUGCCUGGCAUAUCGAAAAGAAGAGAGGAUCGAUGUAUUAACUUUAGCACGACACGAAUAUUUACAGCCUCCAGUGCCAAAGCACGGUCGUCAAGCAAAUAGCCAACAGCAACAACAGGCUCAACAUCAACAAAUUCAGCAGCAACAACAACAGCAACAACAGCAAACGUCAUUCACAACUGGGAUGUUUAGCGGAAUGAAUGCUUCGAGCAGUUCGUAGUGAAUAUGUGUAUGUUAAUGAUGUCAAAUUGGAUUAAUAAUAAUGAAUAAUGAACAUUUUUAAAAAUAGUAGUGCAGUCGAAAUGAUCGAUUGAUAAACUGAUAUAUGCCAAAUCUUUAAAAAAAAACACUCAGUCUCGCACCUGUAAUUCAUCUGUUAAAGAUAAAACUUUUAACUGUGGAUUAAAUUAAAAAUAAUUAUUAAAUGAAUAAGAUCGCGAUAAUAAUUCAUUGUGUAAAUAUGAUGGUGAUGAAGAAUAGGAGAGUUAAAUUAACAAGAAUUUAAUUUAAAAAUACUAAUGUCACCGUGUCACCAGCCACCUCUACACCCACCGCCAUCAACAGGACAAGUCACCUUCGACGAAGGGGAGAAUUCAACCAGUCUAUUAUAUAAAUAAAAUAUAAAAAAAUAAGGUCACUCGCUUUUAACCGAUAAAUAUUUUGAUUGGAAAAUGCGAGAUAUCUUGACUAUUUAUUCAGAUAAAAAAAAAUAAGGAAGAGAGAAAGAGUGAAAGAUGGUUUAAAAAUUGUUUUUCUUUCUCCAAAAAAUAUAAAAAGCAAUUUAAUUCACAUGGACAGUUAAAAGAAAAACACAUUUUUCACUGAAAAAUAAAAAAACACGUACACAUUACUCCAUUCUUUCAGCUUGGCAACAAAUAAAAUGUUGUGUUCGUAAAUAUUCAAUUGUAUUAUCGUUCCUUAUAUCGAAAACAGUGGGCUGACUGAUAAAAAUAGUGUUUAAAAAAAUGAGUAUAAAGUUAAUUGCAAAAUAAUGAUAUAAUAAUUAAAAAAAAGGUUGAGAUGAUUAAGAAGGAAUCGAGAUAAACAUGUGAUAAGUCAUUGUGAAUUAAAAAAAAACCAGCUACAAAAUAAUAAUUAAAAUAUUUCAAGUGGAGUUUUUUUUUUAAGUAUAAUGAGUAAGAGUCGAAUGACUAGAUAUUAAAAAUAAAGAAUAAACGAGAGAGAGUGAACGAAAUGUGAGAAAGUGUGUGAGAAGAAAGAGCGGUUAAAUUAAAAGAAAAGAAAUGGACUGUUAAAGAAGCGCAAAAAAAAGGAUUUUGCGUCGUGUUUUUAAUGCUUGUGAGUUGAAUUUAGUGAAAUAAUAUUAUAAUUAAUAUAAAUAAAAACAAAAUAUUAAAAGCGUUCACUUCGACGCAAGUAAUAAAAAAGAACUGAAUAAAAACAGUAAUUUGAUAAAAUACACGGGAAUUUUUGGAGGAUAUCCUCUUUUUGACUCUCCCGUGAGUAUGAAUGCGUGUGUAUGUUAUAUGCGAAAAUAAAACAAAAAACGAAAGAUUGUUAUAACUAGCAUGCGUGUACAUAUUUAUACUAUAUAUAUAUAUACAUAUAUAUAUAUACUAAUAAAAUCGAAUUAUAUAUAUGGUGUAAAAGAAAGUGACGAAAAGCAGGCCCGGCGAUUUCUUUAUUUUUCGUAGUAAAAAUUAUUUUUCUUUUCUUUUAAUCAUUUUAAAACAAAAAAUAUUAUUACAGUGUUUUUAUGCAAGUAUUCUAUGAAUAUUUGUCUGCAAUCAUCUUCCCUUAAUUGUUAUUACUUUUCAGUAUCAUUAAAAUAACUCAAUAAGUUAUUUUUUUUUUUUAAUGAAACACCAAUAUUUUGAUAUACUUAUUAGCAAAACUCCCAAAGACCUCUCGAACUUUUUCAUUUUUUCUUUAAAAAAAUGAAAAUAUUCUUUUAACUUUUUCUCUCUCUUUCUCUUUUUCAAUUCUUCUUCUCAUCUUCCUGUGAAUUUUUCCACCUUUUUCAGAAAGCUCGCAAGGAAAUUCUUGAUAUUAUAGUCAUAAAUAAUGUUAUGAGAAUGCAAAGCAAAAUAAACAAAUAAAUUAAAUCAAUAAUUAGUUAAUGAUAUUAUGCAGAUAAAGAUGUUAGAUAAAAUGAAGAUGCGUGAAGAAAAAUUUUAAAUGGAAGAUGGGGAGAAGAUAAUGCCGAUAAAAUGAUUAUGACAAUGACAGUGACAAGGGGAAAAUAAUAAAAAAUAACAAUAACAAUAAUAUUAAUAAUAAUAAUAAAGAAAAAAAAAACAUUUUUUAAAAAUAAGUAUCAUAAUAUUGUACGGACCUGAUCAUUAUUAGUUUCUUUACUCAAUUUGUUUUAUAUAUGUACGUUAUAUAGAUAUAAUAAUUAUGGAAAUAGAAGACUAAGUUAUUUUAUCAAGUGCCCUUGCUUUGUAUUAUAGUCGCGCCAUUGUCGACACGCAGCUUUUUUGGGAGUACAUUUAAAAACGAAAAAAUUAAUAAUAAAAGAGAGAAAAAAUGCGGUGAAAAUCCAUUUUAAGCAUAAAAUAAAAAUUAAAAAAAAAAAUAGUAAGCGCUUGUUGAAUGAUAACUAAAAUCUUAAAAGUAAAACAAAAAGAUGAGCGAAAUGUUGUGUUUUUGUUGGUAUACGAAUUUUGUGGGCACAGCGUUUAGAUAAAUUCGGUAUAAUGAAGAUGAAAGAAUGCUAAAAGCAAGGAUAUUAAGAAAAGGAAAACUUGAAAAAAAACCAAAAAUUAAUUUGGCUAAAAGUGUGGUCAGAAAGGAGAAUACAUUGCAAGUCUGAAC